AUGUCCCCAUCAACAGAAUCCAACCCCGUCCCCCCCUAUCCCCUCCACCCCUCCGUCGCCUCCCGCAUCAACCCAGAGUACGCCGCGUUCUACAACGCCCACAUCGCCGACAAGCAACAGGUCCACCUGCAGCCCAUCGCCGCCUCGCGGUCCUCGGGCGUGCUCAUCCCCGGCGCGGGCCCCCUGCUCCCCGUGGGCAGCACCCAAGACUACACGAUCCCGCGCACCGCGUCCAGCGGGCCCGACGUACGAGUCCGCGUCUUCACCCCGCCGGGCGCCAGGCCCGCCUCGGGCUGGCCGGGCUGCGUCUACUUCCACGGCGGCGGCUGGGUGCUGGGGACCAUCGACACGGAGAACGUGGUGUGCAGCAACCUGUGCGCGCGGGGCGGCGCCGUGGUGGUGACGGUGGACUACCGGCUCGCGCCCGAGGACCCCUUCCCGGCGGCGGUCGACGACUGCUGGGAGGCGGUGCGGUGGGUGGUCGCGCGCGGCCCGGAGCUGCUGGGGCUGGACCUGGGGCGGCUGGCGACGGGCGGGUCGUCGGCGGGCGGCAACCUCGCGGCCGUCAUGUGCCAGCGCGCGGCCGUCGUGGCGGACCACCCGCCCUUCCGCCUGCAGCUGCUCUCGGUCCCCGUGGCGGACAACACGGCCACGGCCGAGACGACGCCCAGCUGGCGCGAGAACGAGCACACGCCCGCCCUGCCCGCGCCCAAGAUGCUCUGGUACCGCCGCCACUACCUGCCCCGCGAGUCGGACUGGGCCCACCCCGAGGCCAGCCCGCUGCUGUGGGACGGCGACUGGAGCAGGCUGCCGCGGGCCGUGAUUGUGUGCGGCGAGCUGGACGUGCUGCGCGACGAGGGCGUUGCGUUUGGCGACAGGCUGAACAAGGCCGGCGUCAGGGCCGACGUGCACGUCUUGGAGGGCCAGCCGCAUCCGUUCCUGGCCAUGGACGGCGUGCUGGAGGACGGGAGGAGGGCGAUUACGUAUUUUUGUGAGGCGUUGAAGGAGCUGUAG